CAGGACUUGAGCAAUAAAAGAGUAAAGAAACAUGGAGCACAAGACAAAACACCCCGGAGCCGAUCAUGCCCCCUCGCCAAACGCCGAGAAACAUUUCGACCAGCAAUCUGUUCUCUCCAUUGGAGGAGGUCGGAUUGACGGCCCUGACACCAAUCAAGGUGGUCUUCAUCGCACGUUAAGUCCACGUAUGAUCCAUGUCAUCUCCCUCGGAUCUAGUAUUGGAAGCGGCCUCUUCAUCGCCACAGGCAAAGCGCUGGCGGACGGCGGCCCCGGCAACAUGUUCCUGGGUUAUCUCGUGGUUUGCAUCGGCGUUUGGGCCAACCUGCAGACCUUGACAGAGAUGACGGUUGCUUUCCCCACCUCGGGGAAUUACAUCGAUUAUGCGGAUCGGUGGGUGGAUCCGGCGUUGGCGUUUGGGGCUGGGUUUGCCGAGUGGCUGGGCUGGACGUCUGUGUUUGCCUCUGAGGCGACCUUCUUGGUCAUUCUGGUGAAUUUCUGGGCUGGGGGUGCAGUGCCGGAGGCGGCGUUGCUCACAAUCUUCCUGGUAGUUUGUCUUGGGGUAUUCUUGAUGCCAACACCGUUCUUCGGAUGGCUCGAGUACCUCGGUUCGUUGAUCAAAGCGUUCUUGUUCGUCUUCAUCACGAUCAUCUCGCUAGCCAUCAUCGGUGGCGCGGGCCCAACAGGAUAUGUGAGGGAUGGGAGCACCUGGACCGCGCUGCCCGCCUUCAAAAACAGUUUCGGAGGCUUCUCCAACGCCGCUCUCCUCGCCAUCUGGGCGGUCGGAGACCAAGUCUUCAUCGGCGUCAUGGCCGGCGAGGCCGAGUCGCCUCGAUUCUCCAUGGCCCACGCAGCCAACCUCAUCCCCUGGCGCGUCGCCGUCUUCUACCUGCUGUCCGUCGUGCUGGUCUCGUUGAUUGUACCAUCUACCGAGUCGCGUCUGCUGGGGGGCUCGAGCGUAGCCUCCUCGCCCUUUGUCAUUGCCGUGCAGGACGCCGGCAUCCGAGGGGUGCCCGACCUGAUCAACGCUUGCAUGAUCAUCGGCAUCCUCGCCAUCGCGCUGGAGUGCAUCUUCCUCCCGUCGCGCAUCCUCCGCACCAUGUCUCUCCAGAGACUCUUGCCCCGGUUUGUCGCCAACGUGGACGACCAGGGUCGUCCGAGAUGGGCGCUCGCCAUCACGGCGGUGGCGGGAGUGAUCCUGACGUAUAUGAGUUUGAGCGCCGGCGGCACGGAGGUUCUCAACUGGCUGAUCGCCAUCACCAGCGCCUCGUUCUUCACCAACUGGGCGAUCAUCGCCGUAACCUCGUUCCGCUUCCGGGCGGCCGUUCGAGCACAGCAGAGUCCAGUGUUUGGGAUGCCGUAUGCAUGGCAGUCUGCAUGGUGGCCUCUCGCACCGGCAAUCAGCCUGGCACUGUCGGGUCUGUUGUUGGUGUGUCUUCUCUACACGAGCAUCAAGCCGGGUGGCGGUGGGUUCACGGCGUAUAGCUUCUUCUCCUCGACGAUUGGCUUGAUUCUCAUCCUGGUUUGCACGAUCGCGUACAAGAUCAUGCGGCGGACGCCCUGGAGGGACCCUGUCACUGCAGAUCUGGUGACUGGCCGGCGGGAGCUGAGCAGCGAGGAGCUGCGGUUGCUGGAUGCGUAUUAUGCACGCCCGCUAUGGCGGAGGAUGGGGACUUAUCUCCGUGUGUGGUGAGCGGUGAUGCAUCUCUGCGGCGAUAGAAGCCACUCAUCUGGAUGUAUAGUAGACGCUGACCGAAGGAUGUGGUAUGGAUGCUCGUUCACUGCCAUGCAUCCGGGAUAAUGAUGCUGUCUUGGGAGUAGGAGUG